AUGGACACAAGAGCGGUUGUCAAAGCUCUUGGGUACCUCAUCACAACAGUGGUCAACAUUCCAUCAAAUCUGACCGUCAUCUGUGCCUUCAUGCGUACUCUGCUGUGCGAGGGUAAGCUAAUGACCGCAGAUGUCAUCUUGUGUAACCUGGCCCUUGCCAAUCUGAUGGUGGCAUUCACCCGCAGCAUUCCACAGACCAUGGCUGCUUUUGGUUACAAGAACCUGUUUGAUGACAUUGGCUGCAAGUUGAGCAUCUACUGCUUCCGUAUUUUCAGAGGCCUCUCGAUUAGCCUGACAAGCCUGCUGAGCACCUACCAGGCUGUGCUCAUUUCGCCUGCCACCUCCAAGCUUGCCGAGCUCAAGAUGAAAAUCCCCAAAUAUCUUCCACAGAUUGUCUUCAUUCUCUUUGUUGUGUAUGCAGUGAACAGUGCGGAUGCAAUCAACAAUAUUGUGUCCUCGGUUUUCAACAACACCAUUCCACCAUACACUUACAAUAUGGAGUACUGCUUUUUCAUUACCGCUAAUUUCACUGCUUAUCUUGCUGUUGGGAUGUCCAAAUUACUCAUUGAUCUUGUUUUCAUAGUGGUAAUGAGCAUAAUGAGUGUGUAUAUCCUGGUAGUUCUGCACCAACACGGGAAAAAGGUCAAAAGCAUCCGAAGCUCAGACUCCAGCAAAUCAAAGACCUCAGCUGAAACCAAGGCGUCGCGGGCAGUGGUCACCUUGGUCAUCUUAUAUGAUAUCUUCUUUGGAGUGGACAAUGUCAUCUGGCUUUAUUCUCAGACAAUUAUAAGAGUGGCUCCAUUGCUUAUUGACAUCAGGAUCUUCUUUGCCACCCUUUAUGCUUCCGUUUGCCCCAUUGUGGUGAUCAUUACUAACCCCAAAGUUCAUGGGAAACUGCAACUCAUCAAGGUGGAGAAAGCCAUGCCUUCACAGCAAAGCCGAGGGGCUGUGGCUGAAGUGUCUUAA